UCCAGUUCCAUAGCGCGACUCAUACGCUACGGAGCCACUGCACCGCACAGCACACAGCCACGGCACGGCACACACUCGGUGCACACUUCGGCUCUCGUAUAUACUUCACGCAGUCAGUUCUCUGUCGAUGCUCUAUGCUCGCUCGAGAGCACUGCCGCUCCAUAAUGUUCGGUUAGCAAUGCACGAGCUUGGCCCGGGUUCAUUCGAUCAAUCGUCGUAAUUUCCAAUUGCGAAUGUAAAUUCGCGUGAGUCGUGGUCGUCGUCGUAAAGUUGAUUACCAUAUCGGUCCUCCUCGAGGUUGCAAAAGAAAAACAAGAAAAGUAAUAAAAAGUAACGAAAGUUUGAUAUAUAGUGCGCUACGAAUUCCAAGGAAUGACGACGAUGAUGAUACUCCAGUCUGACGCAACAGUUUGAAAAAGCCACAAGCGCUCGAAGCUUGCAAGAGAGCACACCUGUGGCCAACUUGCCAGCUCUCUCUCUCUCUCUCUCUCUCUCUCUCUCUCUCGCUAGUUCGUGGCCCAAAGUAUACCAACAGUUUUGUACACACACCUACACCCACGCAUACACACACGGACGUAUAAGUAAGCAACGUGAAAACUGGAACGUGCAUUACGUCGACCAAGGGGCGGCGAGCGAGGGCAUCGUUGCGCGUUGUGUGCAUAAAAUACCGAGCGUCGAGUAGUGUGCUGCAUCGAGAGAGCGAGAGCAAGCAGUUAUGUGAUAUUCGAGUUUCUGCCCCUUUUCUGUUUUCUGUUCUGCGGAAUACUGAUUCGCAAUAAGUGAGUGUGCUGCUGCUAAAAAGAAGGAAGGAGUCGGAAUCAAGAUGAUGAAGAUAUGACCCUGCAGCUAAGCGGCUAACUGAUAUCAUCGUAUAUCUCGGAGCUUUUUCAUCGAAAGCAGCAGCAGUAGUGGGUCGCAGAAAUGAAGUAUCUCAAAGCCAUACUGUUUUCAUUCAACGUGCUAAUAUGGCUAACGGGUCUAAUGGUCGCGAUAACGGGCGGCUGGCUGCUUAUGGACCCGACGAAGGCACACUUGCUGAAUCUCUUCGUGGCGGACGACAACCCGAACGAGACCAUCAACCUUCUGGCCUACUACCUGUUCGGCCUCGGCGCCGUCAUCAUACUGGUGAGCUUCUUCGGCUGUCGCGCCUCUGUCCAUCAAAGCCAGUGCGUCUUGGCUAUCUACAUGAGUAUGCUGAUAGCCAUGCUGAUAACGGAAUUCGUGAUGUCGACCGUGCUUGGCAUCGUGACUUACCGCGUCAUAAGCGGCCUGGAGUCGCGCAUGUCCGAGCGGCUGAACGGGCAUUACGGCCACGGCGGCCUCAGCGAUAUUAAAUUCACCCACAGUCUGGAUUACGCUCAGUUUAAGUUCAAUUGCUGUGGAAUUUACAACGAUUUGGAUUACAAUGGCUCAGCUUGGUGGCGCGACAGUCAGUUAUCCGGGAAAAGGUUUCAGGUGCCGGCCACAUGCUGCGUACUCAAGGACGAUGAGGUAAAGAAUACUGGAAGCCCCAUGAGCGUCAUUUCCAGGGUAUUUUACAAGAACAACGAAAAACCUUGGCUGGCACCGCAACCCAAAGACGAAUCGAGUUGUCAAUCUUCAUCGAAAAUAGAACAGGAAGGCUUCAGAAAUCAAGAGGGCUGCUUGGAGAAAAUCAAAAGUUGGGCUUCUUACGAUUGUAUAUACAUUCUGGUGUUCGAUAUCGUGAUAGCCCUGACGCAGAUCUUCGGCACCAUCACGUCGGCCUGCCUGUGCCGCAAAGUGGGCCGUGGCGGCCACGCAGCCGGAUAGCAUUCGCGUCGCGCUAGCCGCAUGGGCAGCGUGCAUAGCGCCUCGCGUCGCGAUUACAGCCGCUCUGGAAGCGUCAGAUAGGCCCGGGGUUCCGUCACGGCGCGCACCACCAAUUAAACGCUUCCUCGAGAUAAUUUUUUUUUCAUUUCUCUCUUUCGUUCGUUUAAUCUCGAGGAAAUUGCCGUGGCGGAACUUAUACUUACAUACAGACAUAUAUACACACACAGAUGCGCAGAGAAGUGGUAAAAUUUAAGAUUCUCUGCUUUUCGAGUUGGUAAGGAGAGAAAAAUGAUGUAUAUUAUCCGUUAUACAUUUAACGAGAGGUAAAGUGAAAGUCAAUAAAUUUUAUUAAAUUAGUCAUACAAGCAUGGUCACUUCUGUUUUAUAAAUAUAGUAACAUAGCAUUGUUCGUUGUACGUGACGAUUUUAUUGUGAAAAAAUGUGGAACGACGCUUAGAGUGCUCAAGUUUUUUUGUUUCGCUUGUCGAACGAUAUUACACGAAACUCGUGCACGAAUCCGAUAAAAAAUUACGCUGGAAUUUUUAGGAUUUAUAGCAUGGUCGUCGGUGAGAAUAAAAUAUAUUUGGAAUGUAGCUAAAAGAGCAGAGUUUGAGAUGAGUGUAUAAUUAAUAUGUAGCACUUUAAUUUUUAUGAUGAUCAAUAUGAUUAAGCGAAGUAAUUACCAUAGGGGAGAGCUUAACAUGCUGGUAUGAGGGCCAAUAUGACAAGUGAGUUUAAAGUAUUUUCACUGUCGAAUAAAAUAUUUCGUGUUUGCAUAGCUUAAUUUGUAUAUCAAAUUCAAAUAAUUGGAUCGUUAUUUAUAUAUAUAUUAAUUAAUUAUUAAUACUAAUUAUCAAUAUUAUUAUUAAUAUUAAUUACUAUUAAUGAACAAUUAUAACCUAGGAUUUACCAUUUACACCAAUCCCAAGUUAAAUGGCUCUUGUUUCUCGCGAAAUACAAAUAUACUUGUACCUAUGCGUCCAUGAAAGGACAGUUCAUUCAUGGAAAAUACGGAUCGUUAUGAUUUUAAUAUAAUUAAUACUUACUGGCCCUGCUCUUCCCUAAGUGAAAAACUUCAUCUACUGUACGAAAGUGUAAAUGUUGAUUGGAGCUAUUAUCUUUAAGAAAUAUUUAAAGGUAAAUUGUGUGCAUAGGAAGAUUCUGCGGUUGACUUUAUUGCUCUAUUGAAACAAUUGUUAAUAUAAAAGAUGUUAUCGACUAAAGAAAUUUUAUCGGUGUUCUGAUCGCCCAUAAUUGGACGUCAACAAAUUAGUAAUUCGCUGAAUCAUUCGCGUAAUGAAUAUUAAAAUAGUUAUAAUGACAAAUAAAUGCUUCGUCGAUAUGAGUGUGUCUUUAAAAUAAGUAAUAAGAAAAUUGUUGUAAUAUACUCGUGAAUUAUGUGUAUGAAUUAUAUGUAAAUGUAUGCUAUGUUUCAUAGACGAUAAAUGGAGAAAAAAAAUUAAAAAACGAUUUAAUGAAUACCGAAUUCUAAAAUAAUCAAUAAGCUUAAGUGCGAGUUUCAAAACGUGAAUAAAUAAGUGAAUGAAAUGAUAAAUAAAUAAUGAUUAUUAAUAAACUGUGUAUAAAUAAAUGUUAAAAUU